AUGGACGACUCGAUUUGGAACGCUUUAUGCAAACAGCCCACUCUCAAAGCCUCUUCUGAAAAAUAUGCACAGCUUGUUCACGAUUCAACAAUACAACUCCAUCAAUCUAUUCAAUCGAUCCUGUCAGCUUUGAAUCUACGCGCCAUUGGGUUGACAAAGUGCGCCAACUUUGAAUUGGCUCUUCACGAUGCCCGAGUUAUGCAACAGCUAUCGCCUUCUUCAGCACUUGGAUAUCUGCGGGAAGCCGACAUUUACAGUGAACAAGGACAACAGCUUCAAGUAAUCGAUAUCUGCGACAAGGGCCUGAGUACGGUGGAUGCCAUGGAUACGCAUUAUGAUACACUGCAACGAGCCAAAAUGGAUGCUGAGCAACGUCAAAACACACACAUCGACUUUAUUAGCCAACUGCCUCUCGACAUUGUAACUACAACGCUGAUUCCUAUGUUUAUGGAUCGUUUUCCUUUGCAAUCGGAUAUACCAUGCCUCUAUUUGCAUGUAUCCAAUGUAUGGCGAGAUCGUAUUGUUCAAUGCUUCGAUGGGUUAAGCUUUUCUGUUGGGCAUCAUCGAGGCUACGAUGAGGACACUCUAUCUCAAGUCAUUCAGUUUGCUCAACAUACGAAGAAAUUGACCAUAAAUCGAUACGGCCACGGCACAUGGCUAGGUGAUUUACUGAGCGAUAACGACUUUUGCUCGCUACAGGCAUUAACCAUUUAUCCUCAUUUAGAGUACGAGAAUGAUCACAGUGAUCAUUUUGUAUCGUCGUUGGAAUCAAUUAGCAAGACUUUGAUGCAUUUGAGUAUCGAACUGGGUAUCGGGCUCAUGUUACCCAUAGCCAAGAUAAUGUCGACCUUUCCCAACCUAGUGUCACUCACUCUCCCUCAAUCACGCGUUGCCGAUCUCAGCUCUCUCCCCAUGACGACAUGGCCCAAUUUAAAAUGGCUGGACAUUUGCAGAGCACAAGAGCCUAUUACAUGCGAUCAGACCAUAGGGAUUUGCAGGCGUUUCCCAUCACUCAAUCACCUUGGACUUCAUCCAUGCUCUGAUAUACAAGCUGUAUUUAUUAUAUCCGAUUACCUUCCAUCCAUGAACAGCCUGCUCAUUAAUCUAUCCGAUAAGAGCCUUGAUAUCAUCUUCUCGAAUUUUGGGCCCCUCAAUGAAACAAUUGGGAUUACAAGUAUUACAGUCGAGAGCUUUGUACCGCCGAAUGAUGAUACUUCUGUGGAUGUCGACUCUGAUGAUACCUUUGUGGAUAUCGGCUCUGUAUUGAAACAGCAUCGGAAGAUCCUUGAGAAGAUUGUAUGGGAUAUGGAUGAUGAGAGCAAUAACAGGGAUAUUUACGACAUUCAGUACCCACGGCUCAAGAAACUUACGCUCAAUAAAUCCGGAUGGUGGAUACCACGCAACGCACCGUUACUCGAGGAAUUGAUAAUGACAUCUGAAGCAAUCAACAACCACCCCGCAGUACUCGAUACGAUACCAACCAAUUUGAAAAAGCUAGAGUUUAGAUUGGAUGAAGGACCCGAACUUGUCGACCCGUCAACUAUUAAAGGAUACCUUGAUCGCAUUUCUCAACAUUCGCAUCAUCUACGCCACCUGAUUCUCCAUUCCUAUACCUCGGACAGCAUUGUCAAUGUGUUGGACACUAUCUACCCCCUUAAACAGCUUGAGCGAUUGAUGAUCAACAUUACUUUACAUUGUAAUACGCAUCAAAUGGAUCGAUUUGUUGGUCAGCUUGUACGCGGAUGCCCCAAUUUAACAUGCCUUGUGAUCAUGUGCCGAGAGGCACUACCUACACAUUCAAUCAAUGCCUUGAAACGACUCAAAAACUUGAAGCAGUGCACGUUUGCCAUGGAACGCACCAAUGACGACGGUGGCAGCUUUUGGCAUGCACUUGAAACAUUCACACAACUCAAAUGGGUCAGCAUUCAUCCUGCCAUGGUAACCAACAUUGAAGACAUUACGCGCCUCAAGGAAAAAAGACCUGACAUGACGAUCAAUGUCAAGAGAUAA